AUGACUUUGCGUACCAUUGUUGCUACGAGCGAAGCAAAGCAUCAGCCGCAUUCUGUUGAACAUAGUGUCACAGAUGCAAGUUCUGAGCCGGAUCUCAUCAAGCCGUGGAAACUCCCUCCUCCAAAGAAAUACAUCUUUAAGAAUGCAAAUGUUGUGGAUGCAGAAAAUGGACAGAUUGUUCCCAACCAGACUGUCAGGAUAUCAGAUGGACUCAUUCAAAAGGUUGACGCGGGUAAUAGCGCGCAAUUAUUCUCUGGCGACGCUAUCGUGCUAGACCUGGCGGGCAAAUAUCUCUGCCCUGGGCUCAUCGACUGCCAUGCCCAUCUGUCUUCCGUUCCUGGAGAAGAAGGCCUUGCAGCGGCUGCUAAUCAUGCCGAUGCUGCGGUAUCUCUACUCCGUCAGCCAUACAUGGCCGCUCAAGUCCUCUACCGGGGCUUCACUACGAUGAGGGACACUGGAGGUGCAACGCUGGCCCUCAAAGAGGCUAUAGCAGACGAUGUAUUCCACGGGCCGCGGCUUUUCAUCGCCAAUAGAGCACUCUCGCAGACUGGUGGCCACGGCGAUUCGCGAUCUGCGCAUGAGAGCUGCUGCAGAGCCACAACUUCUCUUUCUACCAUCGUUGACGGUGUCCCAGCCGCAAUACAUGCUGCCCGAGAGCAGAUUCGCACAGGCGCAGAUUUCAUCAAGAUCAUGGCAAGCGGAGGUGUUGCGUCUCCCACAGAUAGAAUCGACCACAUCCAGUUCACUGCUGCUGAGAUCCGGGCGAUUGCUGAGGUUGCGGAUACUUAUAAUACAUAUGUGACUGCUCACGCUUACACUCCUCGGGCGAUCAGGCACGCUGUCGACAACGGCGUCAAGGGCAUUGAGCACGGCAAUCUGAUUGACAAAGAGACUGCAGAGUACAUGGCCAAGAAAGGCGUGUGGUUUACUCCCACUCUUGUCACUUAUCACGCCAUGGGUUCUGAUAAGUAUGCCGGUUUUCUACCUCCAGCAAACCGCGAGAAGAAUCGCCAGGUGCUAGAACAAGGACUCCAGUCUCUACGCUUAGCAGACGAGGCUGGAGUCACCAUCUGCCACGGCUCCGACCUCCUCGGACCUCUUUGGGCCGAGCAGAGCAAAGAAUUCGGCAUUCGAGCACAAGCUCUAAGUGCACCAAAGAUUCUCCAAGGAGCCACCGUUAAUGCGGCGAGGAUGCUGAAUCAAGAGAAUUACCUGGGCCAGAUCAAGGAGGGAUUUGCUGCAGAUGUUUUGGUACUCAACGGGAAUCCGCUGGAGGACAUUACGAUUUUAGAUGAGCCGGAGAAGAAUAUUCUUGCAGUAUUGAAGAAGGGGCGGGUUUAUAAGAGCAGGUGGACGAAGUUGCCGGAAGACGUCACGAGAGCCCAGACGUUUAUCGAGUGA